AUGACAGCUCACAUCGGGUUUGCACCUUUGUUGCACAUGAUGCGAAGCUGUUCCAAAGCCGGGCACCACGCUUGCAUACCGAGCUGCAGAAGGGGCAGCAUCGCUUCCCGCAUUCUGCAGGGCUUCGUGCUCAAGAGCCAAAGAGCAGGGCUCGGGGGGCCUGGGCGCCAUGGCGCACAAGUCCAACCCGUACAAGAAGGCUCGCUCGAAGUUCCGCUGGAAGUGGAAGAAGAAGCGCACGCGCCGCCUGCAAAAGAAGCGCCGAAAGAUGCGCCAGCGCUCGAAGUGAAUGACCAACGACUCAAUAUCCAGUGGACAUGCGGCUGGGCCUUCUGCGAGAGAUUUGAGGAAGUGCUGGUGCAGCGGAGCCUGUUGGACCUAACGGGUGCAGCAGACUCGGAUCAGCACAGUUUCGCAGGCUCGCUCGAAGUUCCGCUGGAAGUGGAAGAAGAAGCGCACGCGCCGCCUGCAAAAGAAGCGCCGAAAGAUGCGCCAGCGUUCGAAGUGAAGAGGCUUCGGCCACACUUAUUCAAGCUGUGCGCACUGGAGGAGUGCGACUUGAACCUCACGAUCUUGCGGUACUGUGAGCUGUUUUGUUUCACGGCAGCCUUGCCUCGCUUCGUAAGCUUGGCGCGAGAUGAAAUGGAGGACGAGCAAGCUAUUGGGGAUGUGAUCAACAAGAAAGCAGAGUCAGAAUUCGUGGAGCCACAAGUGGCCACAGCGCCCCCUCCACCUCAAGAGGAGGCAUCCAAGGCCGAAGCUGCCAGCAACAUCUUCCGAGUAACGCUGGAAAGUCGAGGUGAUACAGGCCUCGUGCUUGAUGACUUGGGUCAGCGAGGCCUAGUGAUAGCUGCUCUCAACAAGGGGCCUGCGCAAGAUCUCGGCACACUUCAAGAAUAUGAUUGCAUUCUUUCUGUCAAUGGAGUGGACAACGAUACGAACAGAAUGUGGGAUAUCUUGGAGACGCCUGGCGCGCUGACGCUGGCCGUGCUGCGGCCAAUCGCAAAGACCCUCCGAGUCAAGAAGUCCAACGAAGAGCCUCUGGGCAUCCACAUGAACUUCAAAACUCUGUCGGCAGGGAUUGUGCUGGAGGACAUCAAGGUUGAAGGACAGUUCGCAAAGUUCUUGGCUUCCUUGCCUGAGGCUUCUCGUGUCAUUCCCGGUGACCGGAUGGUGGCUGUCAAUGGCAUUCACAUGAAAGGCGCUGAGAUGGUCGAAGCGUUGAAGAAGGAGACGGACCUGGAGAUCAUAGCCCUGCGCUACUAA